AUGUCUCCCGCGGACUGUUGGAAAGGCGCUUUCUAUGCCGGCAUGAGAGCGACGGUGGUAAAGACCGAGCAAGGCAAACACAUUACGAAGGCAGCUGUUGAGUGCCGUCUGAAGACCGGAGAAAAGCUCCACCGCAAAGAACUGCCCGAGCCGCCAAACAGGCAUGAAGAGCUCGACGACCACCCACUUGGUGAGCUAUUCAAGAAAGCAGAACUUGACCACUUGCAGGAGCACGAGAAGAUGCACUCGUGGAUCGAGAUUCUGACGCGUGACCCACGCGCGAAAGGGCAUAAGAUCCUU